CAUCCUCAUCGGCCCAAUCCCGAUCAAAACCCCGGCGCCGUAAAAAACUUCGCGGUGAAACCCCCGCCGCCGUCAAAAACUUAGCUCAGUCAGUAGCGUUUUCCGGGGAGAAAAAAUAGAGCUAAGAGAGAUGGAAAAAGAGAAGAAAAUAGAGAGCUUCGUGGUAGUACACAACAUAGCAAAGAGACACAACGUGGGAACCCUAGCUCGUAGCGCCACCGCUUUCGGCGUAUCGGAGAUGAUACUCGUGGGCCGUCGAGAUUUCAACGCCUUCGGUAGUCACGGCUCCACCUCUCAUGUCCGUUUUCGUCAUUUCCACUCCCUUGCCGAUGCUAAAACCUUCCUUAAGGAAAGAGAUUGUGAUAUAUGUGGAGUUGAAAUUACAGAAAAUGCAGUGCCAGUAAAUAAACAUCCUUUUAAGACAAGUACUGCUUUCCUCCUGGGAAAUGAGGGUACUGGACUCUCUGCAAAAGAGUGUGAGAUAUGUGAUUUCUUUGUAUAUAUUCCACAAUAUGGGUGUGGUACUGCUUCAUUGAACGUAACUGUCGCUGCUUCCAUUGUUCUACAUCAGUUUGGAGUUUGGGCUGGAUUCUCUGAGAGAACACGUGAAGGGAAUAAGUUUAUCGUGGCCGAAAGACCUUUCAAACAGGCAAAGAAAAAUUACUGCGUGGAAACAUCUGAAUCUAUUGCUGAGGAGCGAAGACUGAAGAGAGAAUCAAAUGGUUUCUUUGAAGAUACUGGAAAGGAGGAAUCAGCUACAAAUCUUUUGGAUACCUUGUUUGAUGAUUAGUGCCGGAGAAAAAAGUCUGCCGUAGUUAUGCAUCCUUCAGCUUCAUCCUCAAGGCUGUGCAGAUUUAUUUAGAUCAAAGCAGAGCAAGGCAAGUCAACGGGUGAUAUUGGUUAUUAGUGGAGUAAACUACAGAAGAGUUGGAAUUAAGGACCGUAAGUAUCUCACUGACUAGCCACCAUAGCCUAGAGGUUUUCCACAGCAAUUCUGUGUUUGCAAGUUUUAUGUUGAGGAGAUUUCAGGUUUAGCAUUUUUUGAUCGUGAAUUAGUCCUUUUCGUUGUACACUUGAACUCGGAAUUAAGAUGGCCAUUUCAUAAUUAUAAUAUUAAGUUCAGACUA